AUGGGGGAGUACUACAAACUGCUGGAACUUCCCCAGGACGCCUCUAACGAGGACAUCAAAAAGGCGUACAGGAAAGCAGCAAUGAGAUGGCACCCGGAUAAAAACCCAGAGACCGAGCAAUACGCCGAGCGGAAGUUCAAAGAAAUAACAGAGGCAUACGAAGUGCUGUCAGACAAGAGCAAGCGCGACCUCUACGACCGCUACGGCAAGGACGGGCUCACGGGGGCCGGUGAGGGACCGAGGGCUGAAGAUGGAGCCCCUGGAUUUAUGUUCCACUUUCGCAGCCCCCAUGACAUCUUCAGAGAGUUCUUUGGGGGACAAGAGCCUUUCUAUGGUGAGUGGAAGCCUCAGCCCCUGUGGGACCAGCGGGCCCAGUAA